AUGCGCAUAUCAGCAAGUUUAAAAGCACACAAAAUAAAAACACUAAGGAAUAAGUCUGAAGAAUGUCAAAAUAAAUUAGCAAUAUCUUUAUUAAAUGAAACUGUAAUUGUAGGAAAAGGAGCCAGUAAUAUACAAUAUGGAUUACAAACUGAAGACAAGGCAUUUAAUAAGUUCUGUGAUAUGUACAACAUUGAUGUAGUUAAAAGUGGGUUGUUUUUUCAUAUUUGUAGACCAUGGAUUAGUGCCAGUUCUGAUGGUUUGAUAUUAAAAAAUGGAAAAAUUUCUUCAGUUUUAGAAAUUAAAUGUCCCAGCUCAUGCAAACAAAAAUCUAUAAUUGACCAAUUAACAGGAAAAUCAAACUUAAGCUAUAUUGAAGUUAAAAAUGGUGAAGUUGGGUUAAAAUAUAGUCAUAUAUAUUAUACACAAAUACAAAUGUUACUGUAUUGUACAGGUUUAAAUGAUUGCCACUUAUUUAUCUUUAAUGAAAUUAAGCCUUUGUCAUUAAUAAUUAAAAAAGAUUUAACCUUUUUAGAAAACAUUAUUCCAAUAUUGGAUAAAUUUUACUUUUCUUUUUAUUUACCAAAUUUAUGUAACCAAUCAAAUACAUUAUAA